AUUUGUCGAAGAGGGCCAUAUUCCUUACAUAAAUGCUUUUCAGCAUUUUCCAGAAGAGAUGAAAUUGUAUGGGCGUGACAAAGGAAUCUUUGCUAUAGAGUCGUGGCCUGACUAUGAGGAUAUCUAUAACAAAGUGAUUGAAGUUGCCACAUUUUUAGACUUGCCUCGUUUUCCAGACAUAACUAAAGAGUGCUAUCUUCAUCCCAACAUCUUGUGUAUGAAGUACUUAAUGGAAGUCAAUCUUCCUGAAGUACUGCAUGUCCUCACUCAUAAGCUGUUGUCCCCAUUCUUUCUGCUCCCCGAAGUGGAUUUUCUGACAUUUGAUCCUGUAGCUAAAAUGGCAAAAACUGUUAAAUAUGAUGUACAAGCUGUGGCUGUCAUUGUAGUAGUAUUGAAACUGCUCUUUUUAUUGGAUGACAAUUUAGAAUGGUCUUUGUCUAAUCUUGCUGAAAAACAUAAUGAAAAGAACAAAGAAGAUAAGCCAUGGUUUGAUUUCAGAAAGUGGUACCAAGUUAUGAAGAAAACUGUUGAUGAGAAAAAACAAAAAUGGGAGGAAGCAAGGGCAAAGUACAUAUGGAAAAGUGAAAAGCCACUCUACCACUCAUCCAUUGACAGAUCAGUAGUUUAUAAAAGAAGAGAAAUGGUGGUGAAUCUGCAAAGGCAAUUUAGCACACUGGUUGAUUCAGUACCAACUAUUGGGAAAAAAAGCCCUUCAAGUUUUCAGUUCAACUGGAUAGCAGAAGACACUGAUCAAACUUGUUUCCAUGGACAUAGCCUCCAGGGAGUCCUGAAAAAGAAAGGCCAAUCGCCGAUCACCAAGAAUUCAUUAUAUUGGCUUAGUACACAGAAAUUCUGUAAAAGCUAUUGUAAACAUGUGACAACCUAUGAAGAAUCCAAUUUUUCUCUCAGUUAUCAGUUCAUACUAAAUCUCUUCUCCUUCCUGCUAAGAAUAAAGACCUCCAUUCUCCAUGAAGAAGUGAGCUUAAUUGAAAAGAAACUUUUUAAAAAAAGAUAUAGUAAAACAAAAAAGAAAUCUUCAAGGUCCAGGAAAGUGAGAAGACGUUGAGAAAAAUGAAAUAGAAACUUUCUUGGAAUCCAUGUACUGGCCAGCAGCCAAAAAAAAAAUCU